AUGCAUUAUGCUUCUUCAUGGAUGAAAAACAGGGCCAUAACAUUGGCUACGUGCAGUAUCCUCAGAAAUUCGAUAACAUCACAAAAAAUGAUCUUUAUGGAAGUUCUUUGAAAGUGCCCGUUGACCUAGAGCUUUCAGCCUUGGAUGCACAUGGAGGACCACUAUACAUUGGAAGUGGCUGUUUCCAUAAAAGAGACGCUCUCACCGGGAAGAAGUAUGAGAAGGGGUCUCACAUCAACUGGACACAAGUGGAAGAGAUACAUGAACCAGAAAGAGAAAAUCUUCUAGAGGAAAUUGCCAAGCUUGCAAAUUGUAGCUAUGAAGAGAACACGCCCUGGGGCAAGGAGAUGGGGUUGAAGUAUGGAUUUCCUGCUGAAGAUGUGGUUACUGGAUUAUCAAUACAGUGCAACGGAUGGAGAUCCGUCUACUUUAACCCAGGGAGGAAAGGCUUCUUGGGAGUAGCUCCUGUGACGCUGUUAAGUGCAUUAAUUCAGCAAACUCGAUGGUCCGAAGGCCACUUUCAGAUAUUCCUGUCAAAAUACUGCCCUUUAAUAUAUGGCCGUGGAAAGAUCCCAAUACAACUUCAAAUAUCAUAUCUCUGCUACAACCUGUGGGGAGCAAACUGUUUGGCUACGUUAUACUAUGUAAUUGUACCGACCUUUUGUCUUCUGAAAGGAAUCAAUUUGUUUCCACAGUUUUCAAGCAACUGGAUUCUACCAUAUGCAUAUGUUCUCGUAGCAAAAUACACUUACAGUCUGGGAGAGUUUCUCAGCUGUGGAGGCACACUAAUGGGAUGGUAUAAUGAUCAGAGAAUGUGGCUGUACAAGAGAGUUACCAGUUAUCUUUUUGGAUUCUGUCAAACAAUCAUGAGGUACUUGGGCUUCGCAAAGUUGGAUUUUACAAUCACUGGGAAGAAUGUGGAUGAUGAUGUUUCUAAAAGAUUUGAGCAAGAGAUAAUGGAAUUCGGUGCAGCUUCAUCAAUGUUCAUCAUUUUAGCAACAAUUGCGCUGUUCAAUCUCCUUACAUCAAUCUCUAUUGGCAGAAGCAUCAUUAUCAAGAAGCCAGCCAUAGAUUUGGAUUCUUGUGCAUUACAGAUUCUUUUGAAUGGGGUAGUGAUAAUAAUCAACUUACCCUUGUUUGAAGCCCUCUUCCUUCGGAAUGAUCAGGGUUGUAUGCCCUCCUCUGUCACAUGCCAGUCAUUUUUCUUAGCUGCGUUAGCUUAUGUGUUAGGAUAUUGAGAUUAUAAACUUCAACCAUGUGAAGAAACUAGCGAAACAUCAAGUCAUUGCAUAUUUGCAUGUACUUGCUGACAUUUAUGCAACUAC